AUGAUUUUGAUUAUUAUUCUGUAUUUUGUAUCACCAUUGAUUACACCUAAGCCACUCAAUCUAACUGGGGCACAUGUUUUGGUGACAGGAGGUUCUAGUGGUAUAGGUAAAGCUUUAGCUAUCAAUGUUGCUAAACAAGGUGCCAAUGUUACCUUACUGGCUAGGAAUAAAAAUAAGUUACAAGAAGCUAAAGUGGAAGUAGAGAAACAUUUUAUUAAUAAAGAUACACAGAGUAUAAUAUGUAUCUCUGUAGAUAUUUCUAAAGAAUAUGAACCAGUAGAAAAAGCUGUUAAACAGGCAGAAGAGAAGUUUGGAGCAGUAAGAUUAUUAAUAAACUGUGCUGGAACAUCGAUAGCUGGUGUAUUUGAAGAAUUACCAGUUACAGAAUUUAAACGAAUGUUAGAUAUUAAUUAUUUAGGUAGUGUAUAUGUAACUAGAGCUGUGAUACCUACUAUGAAGAAAGAACACAAGGGACGUAUUGUAUUUGUAUCAUCACAAGCAGGACAACUGGGUUUAUUUGGUUAUACAGCUUAUUCUGCUUCUAAAUUCGCUUUAAGAGGCUUAUCAGAAGCUUUACAGAUGGAGUUAAAACCCUAUGAUAUAAGAGUUACCAUGGCGUUUCCUCCAGAUACAGAUACUCCUGGUUAUGCUGAAGAACAAAAAACAAAGCCUAGAGAAACCCAUUUAAUAUCAGAAGUAGCUGGUUUAUUUUCACCUCAUGAAGUGGCUAAAACUAUAGUUGAAGAUUCUAUAAAGGGUAAAUUUUUUAGUUAUAUGGGACUAGAUGGUUAUAUGUUAUCAUCAUUAACAUGUGGUAUGUCACCUGUUAUAUCUAUGAUGGAUGCUGCACAGCAGGUGGUGACCUCUGGAAUCUUCCGAGUUAUUUCAUUAUUUUACCUGGAUUAUUUUGAUAGAAUUGUUAAAAAAUGUAAAAAUGAUAAACAAACAGAGGAUAAAAAAUCUUCAUGA